UUGCAACGGUUUCGCGAGAGGUCCUCAUCGUCAGCUCACAAGCUGCUUCGAGGCUUGUCCACAUUUCUGUUGCCCCUGCGUCGCCACCUCUGGUGUCUCUUACCAGUUAUGUGUAUCUACCCAACCAUGGGGCACCUGUUGCCAGUACUGGGUUGCAUCUGUUACCACUGUGCCGCCACCUCGAGUCGGGCAUCUCGUAACCUUGCUUCUCUGGCAUCCUGGACAUCUUUUGCCUCUGCUUAUACCGCCGCUGCGACCGUGCCCUUUUAGCUGCAAAUGGAAAAUAAUUCUGGAUACUAAUGAACGCAUUUUUUUUAGCAACUUGCCUGCUCUUUUGGACUUGUUUUUUUAAGGAAAGGUGUCGUGACUCGUCGCCUUCGAGCAACGUGGUGACGAUGCCAUUGUCACGCUAUGGCAUUAGAUCUAGAUGGGAUGGGAACGUUGACGAUGAGGGACCGAAACGGAAGUAUAUAGUACCAGCGACAGCGAGGGGAAUGGGGUGUAGUGGCCCUGCCAGACACGAUAUCAUUUCAUCAGAGUUGCCAGUCGCCGCUAAAGAGCUCACGUACCAUUCAACUCAGUCGAGGCACUACCCCUGGUGCAUCGUCGUUGCCAUGUUCCCCUCAUCAUCGACCACCUGCCGACUCUAUACUCCUAUCGUUGUUCAGGCGAGUUAUCUACCAUGCCCCUCUCGCGGUAUCACACGUACGGACCGUGAUCGUUGCCCUCUCACAACUUCUCAAACGUACGUAGCCCACCAGUGGGGUCUUCAUGACCACUGUUCGUUGUCUGGACGUCGUACCAUAACGUUUCAGCAGUGUCUCGCCUUUAGUUCCAUUGCAAGUAUGUAUGAAUCGUUCGAUGGGCAGACCAAAGCAUUUGAUGUGGAUGCUAGGUGGAUCUGCUGUGUUCACAAAUGUCAUGACAUACCUCCCGACACGCUCAUCAUUGAUACUCCGUAGCUCUUCUUAAUACAUUCUCGGCGGUAUGGACUUCGGUUCGACUAGUGUGUCAGUAUGUGUUCAGUGGCCUCGUAUUCGAGACUCGCAGGCGUGUCACAUUUUAUCCUAC